AUGUCAAGCCCACCAUGGGAUUUCAUUGCGAAGCUCGUCUGUAUUGGUGACUCAGGCACAGUGCCUGUUGGCCCGCCGGCGUCUGACGAGAUAGGGAUCAACUUUGACAACACCUCCCUCGCAUCGACUCCGUCCGCUCUCUCGCCCUCGGCCUCCUUCACAGGCACCAUCAACAGCCAUACUACAAAUAAGAACGGGAAGCUCACCGGCGACAAAUCUGUACCGCCGUCCCCACGGAGCCUCUCGGGACUCCCUCCGCCUCCCACCAAGCCCUCAGAGCCACCGGUCCAGAAACGGAUGAAGCUCUCGCUCUGGGACACCGCAGGCCAGGAAACAUACAAGUCCAUCACGAGGUCUUAUUUCCGCGGUGCAUCCGGCGCCCUGCUAGUAUUCGACAUCACUCGGCCCCCGACAUUCGCCUCGCUGACCCAAUGGCUUCAAGACCUGCGACAAAUUGCCGAAGAGCGGAUCGUGGUCAUACUGGUGGGCAACAAGAGCGAUCUCGUCGACUCCAAGGGCAAAGAAAAGGACGCCGAUAAUCCCGACAAUGAUAAUGCUGAUAACGAGAAUAAUAAGACACAGCGUGUCACCCGCGAAGAAGCCGAAGAAUGGUGCAGACAGAAUAACGUCGUCAGAUAUGUCGAGACCAGCGCCAAGUCAGGGGAGAAUGUCGAGCGGGCGUUCCGAGAAGUGGCUGAACGAAUAUACAGGAAUAUACAGCACGGUAGAUACGAUUUAAACGACCGGCGGAGCGGAGUCAAGGGCUACGGUGCCUCAGCCGGGCCCGGCAACGGGCGUGUACCGCGGACAGUCAAUCUAGGUGUCAACGAUGCCAUGCGGAGAGGCAAUCGUGGAUGGACUGGCGGAUGCUGUUAA